CACCGCAAAGAGGCUGAAGCACUCGACGGUAUAGAGGCAAGCUAUAUAUUUGAUCUCGAUGGGCGCGAGGACAGGGACCACAAUGGAGAUGAUGCGGAUAUUUUUUCGUCACUGCAAAUUGUUUAUCCGAUUGAUGCUCCACUUCCAGGGAACUGGACACGAUUCGUGAAUCAUUCUUGCGAGCCGAACAUGCGUAUCUAUUGCGUGGUGUUCGACACUAUCCCAGAGAUGAAUAGGCCAUUCCACGCAUUCUAUGCACUCAAAGAUAUUCCAGCAUUCACUGAGUUGACAAUAGACUACAAUCCA